ACACUGGGACUGAUGAAGGAACUAGUAAAACAAAUUUAGUUGGACUGAACCAUUUCUGGAGCUGUUUAACUACAUUUGUUGUCUUUCUGUCUCAUACUUGAGUCAGUUAAAUUGAUAGUAGGAUACCACCACCUCCAUGCUUGGCAGUAGGUAUAGUGUCCAGAGGAGUUGAAGAUAAACCAGAAGACUGAAAUCGGAAGAACUAAACUGAGGAGGAAAUGGAUGAAUUAAACCAAAUGUUAAAAUGUAAAAAUGUUGUUUGUAUGUUUAUGAUCCAUCAGAUUUUGUCGUGUUUCCAGAAGAACAUAGAAAUAAAAAUGAGUCCUCACUGAACAUCUUGGUGGUUUUAUUUCUGGAGAUAUUUAAACUUAAGACGACUUCACAGGAGAGUCGUCUCUUUACAGGAUGAAAAAAAUAAUAAAACUUAGGUCUGACAGCAAGAACUUAGUAAAAAUCAUCCAAAAUGUCAACGAGGCAUCUUCACCUGAAGGCAGUGACCUAGUGGAACAUCAUCAUCAUCAUCAUCAUCCUCCUCCACCUCCGCCUCCUCCUCUUCAUCAUCAUCAUCAUAAAACCUGUCAGCUUUAGCUCUGGUGGGAGGAGGUCCAUCUGGUGAGUUCAAUGCUUCAUUUUACUUCAACACAAUCUUUGGUUCCUUUAUGCUUUGAUUUUCACUUUCAUCAUUUGUUGAUUUAAAUCUGAUGCUACUUAUUGUGUUGUAAUGAACCGAGUUAAGAAGUUUUUAGAGGGAAAAUAAUCUGGAUAUUUACUUACAAAAGCAUUCAUAUUCUCAGUAUUAUUGGAAAUAAUCUGAAAAUAAAUUUGUAGAUUUUCCAGGUUUCAGAAGGAUUUUCUGUCUGAUUAGUUCUUCUGUGACGUUUAGUUGGCGGUUUUUGAUGCUCAACAGGGUGAAGAAAUUUAAGAAAUCGCUGUCUGUGAUGUUACAAAGUGCAUUUACAUUAAAUAUUGUAAGUCAUCCAGGUAACUUCAAUCAAUAAUAUGGAUAUUAAUACACCUAAAUGUGAAUAAUCUGGAUAUUAAUAGACAAAACUAUCAAUAACUUGGAUAUUAGCACUGAAAACUGUUAAUAAUUUGACGCCAUUCCAAAAAAAGUGUCAAUAAUCUCAAUAUUAAUGCUCAAAAGUGGAAAUACUUGGAUAUUAAUGCAUCAAAAUGUCAAUAUUUUUAUUACAUUAUAUUAAUGUUUCUGUCAGAUGGGUUCUUCUGUGACAUUCACUUUAAAUUUAAGAAAUUAGUGUCUGUGAUGCUACAAGCUGCAGUUUUUAUUGAAUAUUUGACAUCAUUUUUGUAACUUCAAUCAGUAAUCUGAAUUUUAUUGCACAACACUAUGAACUAACGUGGAUAAAAACACAGAAAACUGUCAAUAACUUGGUGUUAAUAAGCAAAAGCAACAAUAAUCUGGAUAUAUCUGCACAAGUUUGAAGGCAAAUUAGAGCAAAAUGAAAGAUUAAAAUAAAAACAACGCUAAGAAUUUGGUUAAAUGAGACAGAAACUUUAUUUUUAUGCUAUUUAUUGUUCUAGAAAUGUUUUCCUGUGUCACUUUGCUUUAGUUUCUCUGCUGCACUGCUACAGAGAAACUAGAAAACCUUCUGAAUGAUUCAUUUAUUUCACAGCUUCACAGAUGAUCGUUGGUGUUUUAUUAAAUCUGGAAACAUUUCCAAUGAGCUGCAGAAACUUAAACCUGAAGAUGUUUCAUUUUUCUGUCUGAUUAGAACAGUCUUUAAAUUCACAUUUUCAUAGAUUUCCAAUGAGAAAUGACUUUAAUGUGAACAGAACGUCACUUUGGAACAUUUUCAGGCUUAAUGUUUGAGAUAAUCUUCAGUUCUUCAAAGCAGACCUCAUCUGAAACAGUUCACACCUGAAGCUGGAUGAAGAACUGAAUGAGUCAUGAAGUUUACAGCCAUGGCCAUAAGUUUGGACACAAGUACCAUGACACUUGUGAAUCUUAGAAAAUACCACAAAAUUGUCACUUACAAUAUACAGCCAUGGCCAUAAGUUUGGACACAGCAUGACUUAUGUCUGUUUUGAUGUCUAUUACAGAACAUAAGUAUAUUGUAAGUGACAAUUUUGUGGUAUUUUCUAAGAUUCACAAGCGUCAUGGUACUUGUGUCCAAACUUAUGGCCAUGGCUGUAUGUCUACUUGAUGUACUUUAUCACUAACAACAAACAACAACAAAUCAAGUGCAAAAUAUAAAUAAAAGUAUAUACACAAAUGAUACAAAUUGAUCAUUUGACCAAUUGUACAGUUUUGCUACAUUUUCUUCCUGAAAUCCACCUUGAAAUCCUACCCCCUGUUGGGAUCAGGAUAAUCCUGCUUUUUGGGAUCAAAGUUAUCCAGAUCCUACUGAAAUGCUCUGAACAACACAAACUGAAGGUUUGAUCCAGAUUCAAACUAGGAUUGGAUUACAUGAUCUAAUCCGAUUUCAGAAUCCGUCUUUCCCUUUUGAACAACCCAUUUUCAAGAUUUGAUCCAAUCCGAUAACCAAAAUCCAAUCAGAUUACCUUUGAACAACUGGCCCUUAGAUAUUAACAUAGAAAACUCAGUAAUUUGGUGUUAAUAUUCUGAAUAUUAAUGCCCCAAAAUGUCAAUAAUCUGAAUAUUAAUGGAGAAAGCAAUCAGUAACUUGGGCAUUAACACAGAAAACUAUAAAUAACUUGAUGUUAAUACACAAAAGCAACAAUAUGUGGAUUAUCAUGAACACAAAUGUCAAUAGUCUGUAUGUUAAUGUUUCUGUCAGAUGGGUUCUUCUGUGACGUUCAGUUGGAGGUUUUUGAUGAUCAACAGGGUGAAGAAAUUUAAGAAAUUAGUGUCUGUGAUGCUACAAGCUUCAGUUUAUAUUUCAUAUUUUACGUCAUUUCUGUAACUUCUCUCUCUUUUAUCAUCUGCAGGUUCAGAUCAACCCUCUUCAUGAUGGAGAACCAGACUUUAGGUCCAGAUGUUCUGCUGCUGGAGGGUUUGAAGGUCCGCCCCGAGUCCUCCGUCAUCGCCUUCGUCCUCCUCCUCCUCAUCUACGUCUUCAUCAUGGUGUCCAACGUGGGCCUGGUGGUUCUGAUCUCCAUGGAGAGGAGCCUCCAUGAGCCCAUGUACCUGCUCUUCUGCAACAUGAGCGUCAACGAUGUGUUCGGGGCGUCGGCCAUCAUCCCCCGCCUGCUGGCCGACGUUUUCCUUCCCAGCUCUCAGCGCUACAUCGGCUACGUCGACUGUGCCGUCCAGGCCUUCUGCGCCCACUUCCACGCCAGCUCGGUCCACACGGUGCUCAUGAUCAUGGCCUUCGACCGCUACGUGGCCAUCUGCAACCCUCUGCAGUACGCCGCCAUCAUGACCAACAGGACGGUGGUGAAGCUGUCGCUGUCGGCGUGGAUGGUGUCGCUGGUCAUGGUGGCCAUCCUGGUGGGCCUCAGUGUCCGGCUGUCACGCUGCAGGUCGGUCAUAUUCAACCCGUGGGUCAUCUUCAACCCGUUCUGUGACAACGCUUCCCUCUUCAAACUGUCCUGCCAGAGCGUCCUCAUCAACAACAUCUACGGUCUGGGCUACACCGUGGUUCUGCUGGGUUCCUCCAUCGGCAGCGUCACGCUCACCUACCUGAGGAUCGCUGUGGUCUGUCUGAGCAGGAAGAACCAGGCGUUGAACCGCCGGGCGCUGCAGACCUGCGCCUCCCACCUGGCCGUCUACGUCAUCAUGAUGGUGUCGGGUUGCAUCAUCAUCAUCCUCCAUCGCUUCCCUCAGCUGUCGGACCACAGGAAGCUGGCGUCCAUCCUGUUUCACGUGGUUCCUCCCGCACUAAACGCUGUUAUUUACGGACUGCAGAUCAAAGCCAUCAGACAAAAGAUUUUCAUCAUCUUCAGCAGGAAAACGGAGACAAGGCUGAACAUGGACUUCCAUGUAAAUGAUUGUUCGUAAACAGCUUCACAGACUGAAACCUCUGAGCAUCUGAUCUAUCAUUCUUCAGAUCCGUCCGUUUGAGUCUUUCUGUGAGAAAAAAUGUCUAAAGGCUGUGAUGCAGUUUCUUCAGGAAGCACUGAUCAACGUUAUCCAACUUUUUUUUGACAUAUUAUAAGAAUGUCUCAUCUGUAAUUUGAUGUCUUUUGGAGAUUUUCCGUCUUUCCUUGGCUUCUUUAUGCACAUUAAUACAAAUUUUUAGCUGGGGUGCUCGAACUUUCGAUCCCCACUGUAUAUAUGUAAUCACUUUAUAUAUUUUUAGGCUUUUUUUGGGAAGAUUUUUCUCGUCUUUUGAAAAGAUUUACAAGAAUUUUCUCAAUAAAUUUGGGGGAUUUUUUAAAAAUAAAACUUUUAAGGGAAACAUUUAAGGAAUUAUUGGAAUUUUCUUCCUGAAGGUUUUGCAAAUUUUCUGAAAUUUGGGGAAUCUUUGGAUUUUUUUCAGACAAGGAAACAAUAUUUUUUGGUGCCCAUGAAUGAGGACAACAGGAGGGUUAAAGCCAGACGUUGAUGAAAUAAUCCUGAUUUUUAGCUCCACUUUGGUCGACUCCAACUAAUUUUAGAAUCAAUAAAUCAUUAUUUAGAGAAACCAACAAAUCAGAAACCUGCUGUGGGACAAACAACAGUGAAUAAAAUAACAAAACAUUUCUUUAAACCAACAGUAUUAGUACUGCAUUAAAACUGCUGCAUUUCCUCCAGACUCUGUGAUUUACUUGUCCAUAGUUUUACAUUUUCUCUGCAAACUUUCAUGUCUCAUCCACUGCUGCCAUCACUAUUUUAUCAAAUUUCAUUUAUUUUCAAAUCUGGAAAUUUC